AUGGCGAACUCCCCACCGCAGCACAGAUACUCGCAAAUCCCUCAGAUCAAGAAGCCCUGGAGCUUGCCCCGCGAUUGUCGGCAACGACCACGAACCAAAGCGCCUCAAGGCCCUAUCGAUGGUGGAGGAGGCAUAUCUCUAUGGGCGUCCCUCAUGUUGCUUGCCGCGACCACUUGGGCAUUUGCUAUGGUGGGCGUGAUUAUCGCCCAGUUCUUCCGAUUAAACCACAGUCUUGAACCGAACCCACACCUGGGCUUCUUCCUCGUUGGCGUACCGUUAUCUUGUGUCUGCCAUGCUUCUGCCAUCCUUAUAUCUGGUCUCGGAGCCCUCCGGUUCAUUCGAUAUCAAAAGGCCAUGGCCCGUGGUGAUGCUCUAUCCGGUGGGUGGGAGAUGACAUGUAUUGGCGUGCUUACUACUCUGAUUCUUGUCACCACUUUUCUCCUCACGCUGAUUAUAAGCGUCAAGAACGGCUGA